GCUGGAAAAAGGAAGGAAAUUUGUAUGAGUGUGGAUUUUUUUGUUGGUUUUUUGGGGGGUUUGAGCUUACCAAGAAGUAAGGAAAUUUGGGUGAUUUUUCUUUUUUGGAGUUGUUUUGAGCUAACUCUUCAUUGUUUGGUAAGAGAAGAGUGAAGUAGAAGUUUGAGCUCAGAUUUUUUUUCUCUUUUUUUUGGUUUCCUUUUUUUAGACGCUUAAUCUGGUGACCUUGGUUUGCUUCAGUUAUAUUUUUUUUUUCUUUGAGAUACUUAAUUUCGUCUUCGGACAGAUGGCUUUACUGCACCGCUGCAAUCAUUGUUAGAGAGCUACAAGAGCAUUUUCAGUUGCAUGAUCCAAUGGUGGCAAAAGGCUAGAAGAGCUAUGGAUUGCUUUCAGAGUGUUAGCCGUGUUAAAGGUUCCCUAUGCCAACAGUUAUUAAUAUUCAUUUUCUGGUUAUCGAGUUUCCAAGAUGUUGCCACAUUGCAUGACCCUAGUUACAUUCCUUCCACGUCUGAGCUAGCUAAUCCACCGACUACUGCAUUAUUUGAACCUAUAGAAAUAUCCCCUGCUGUCAUUCCACGAUACCCUUCUCCUGACGAAUCUGUACCACCCAUGUACCCAAGUUUCCCCACAACAUAUGAACCAAAUUUAACUGGAAGGUGCCCUGUAAAUUUUUCUGCUAUCUCGAAUAUCAUGGGGAAAACAGCAUCUGAUUGUUCUCUACCUUUGGCAGCACUUGUAGGAAAUGUUAUAUGUUGUCCACAGCUUGGUAGUUUACUCCACAUCUUCCAGGGUUAUGGCAUCGAUUCUGAUAAGUUGGUCUUGGGAAAUGCUGUUGCUAAUGAUUGUUUUUCAGAUAUCAUUAGUAUCUUAGCUAGCAGAGGGGCCAACAAGACAAUACCCACGGUAUGUUCUGUAAAAUCAUCAAAUCUCACAGGUGGUUCUUGCCCGGUGAAGGAUGUUAAUACCUUUGAGAAAACAGUGAAUAUGAGCAAGUUAUUAGAGGCUUGCAGCACUGUUGAUCCUCUAAAGGAGUGCUGCAGGCCGGUUUGCCAACCUGCAAUUAUGGAAGCUGCUCUGCAGAUUUCUGGAACACAAAUGAUACUCAAUGAUGAUAAAACUGUAGUUGGGGAGGCUAAUCAUAUGGAUGCCAUUAAUGACUGUAAAGGGGUGGUAUAUUCAUAUCUUUCAAGGAAACUCUCGCCAGAUGUGGCCAACUCUGCAUUCAGAAUACUAUCUGCCUGCAAGGUCAACAAGGUUUGCCCUUUGGAAUUUAACCAGCCAUCAGAAGUAAUUAAGGCAUGCCGUAACGUAGCUGCUCCCAGCCCUUCCUGUUGUAGCUCAUUAAAUACAUACAUUGCGGGGAUACAGAAGCAAAUGUUAAUAACAAACAAGCAAGCCAUUGUCUGUGCAACGAUGUUUGGAUCAAUAUUAAGAAAAGGCGGAGUUAUGACAAAUGUUUAUGAGCUUUGUGAUGUUGACUUAAAAGAUUUUAGUAUCCAAGCAUACGGACAACAAGGAUGCCUAUUACGAAGCUUACCAGCAGAUGUUAUAUUUGACAAUUCGACGGGCUACAGCUUUACAUGUGACUUGACUGACAACAUUGGAGCACCGUGGCCGUCAUCAUCUUCAAUGUCAUCCUUGUCUCUUUGUGCUCCAGAGAUGUCGUUGCCUGCCUUACCAACAUCGGAGACGCUGAAAAAUCUAGGCUGCCAUGGAUGCACAUUGGAAAUGUUGGUACCCAUUUUUUCAUUUUUUGUUUUCAGUACAUUUUUGUACUGAAAAAGAGUUUGUAGUUUGCAGGUUGAGGUUGUGGUUUAAAAAAGGACAGUGUAGGACUUUUGUGUGGUGGAAAAAUUUACUUGCAUUGUAUGUUUCCAUUAGGCCCUUCUUGUAUAGUAAGUAUCCAUAUGUUUUGUCUUCCCUUUCUAUGCUUUCUCUCCCAUUUGUCCCGCUAUUUUUGAUAAAUUUGCUUUUAAUGUAUAGGACUUUGAAUUUUUUUUAAAACAAA